UCUUUCCAACCAAAUAACCAUUUUUUCCACCACUUUUCCUUUCUCUCCCUUUUCUCACCCUACCAAACAUAGAAAGAGAAAAGGAAAGCCAGGGAAAGGGGAAAAUAUUAGUAUUAGCUCACAUUUAGCCUAUCUGGCUUUCUUUCCUGCAUGGGCGGCCAAGUGUUUUCUCAGUAACCAAACAGCCUUCUUCAUGGUCAGUCUCCUUCUUCAUCAUCAUCAUCAAGUUACGAUAGCUCAGCAAACGGGUCCAACCCGUAGAUAAUGAAUCCACCAGAUGACAUUGCGGACCAGUUCUCUUUGUUCCCUCCUAUCCCAUUCACCUUAUAUGACCCCCAUGAAAUCUCUCUUCCCCUUCCCGACCUUAAUCCUAACCCAACCCCUCUUAACGCCAUCACGGACCCGGUGCCAGUUCCGAGCUCGAUUCAAAUCGAAGAACCUAGCUCCACUCACAAUAUUCUUUCAUUCUCGAUCCCCAAGAAGCGGAGACGAGGCAGGCCUCAACGCGGUUCAACCUCCUUCACCAUUCCUCAGUUUCCUACGGGGACUUUAAACCCUAGUAGUAACUAUUUUCCUUCUACUUCUAAUUCAUUUCGAAACGGUGUAGGAAAUUCUAAUUCUUUGCCACACACUGCACUAGAUACCUCUGAUGAAAUCAUUGUUAUCAAUAGAGAAUCCACGGCUGAAGCGGUGAUUGCGCUGACAGCUGGAUUCCCUGCGGAUUCCCUAACUGAUGAGGAAAUUGAUGCUGGGGUUGUACCAGUCAUUGGGGGAAUUGAACAGGUAAAUUACAUUCUGAUUAGGAAUCACAUUAUUGCGAAAUGGCGUGAAAACGUGUCAAAUUGGAUUGCAAAGGAUAUGUUUAUUGGUUCUAUACCUAAACACUGUCAAACCCUUUUAGAUUCUGCUUAUAAUUAUCUGGUUUCACACGGAUUUAUCAAUUUUGGAGUUGCACCGGCGGUCAGAGAGAGAAUUCCAGCUGAACCCAGUAAGCCUAAUGUGGUUAUUAUCGGUGCUGGAUUUGCUGGUUUAGCUGCUGCUAGGCAAAUGUUGCGUUUUGGGUUUAAGGUGACUGUGUUGGAGGGUAGGAAACGGGCGGGUGGGAGAGUAUAUACUAAGAAAAUGGAGGGAGGGGGAAAUAGGGUAUCGGCUGCAGCAGAAUUAGGGGGAAGUGUUUUGACAGGUACAUCAGGAAACCCGCUUGGGAUAGUAGCAAGGCAAUUAGGCUCAACACUUCAUAAGGUUAGAGAUAAAUGCCCAUUGUAUAGUUUGGAUGGGAAGCCAGUAGACCGAGACAUGGAUAUGAAAGUGGAAACUGCUUUCAACCGGCUUUUGGACAAAGCCAGUAGACUUAGGCAAUUGAUGGGGGAUGUAUCAGUUGACGUUUCUCUUGGUGCAGCAUUAGAAACAUUCCUACAGGCAGAUGGGGAGGCAGUAAAUGCUGAGGAGAUGAACUUGUUCAAUUGGCAUCUUGCAAAUUUAGAAUAUGCAAAUGCAGGCUUAAUUUCAAAGCUUUCCCUCGCAUUUUGGGACCAAGAUGAUCCUUAUGAUAUGGGAGGAGAUCAUUGCUUCUUGCCUGGAGGAAAUGGAAGGCUAGUUCAGGCAUUGGCAGAAAAUGUACCAAUUUUAUAUGAGAAAAUUGUGCAGACGAUAAGAUAUGGUAAUGAUGGAGUGCAGGUAGUUGCUGGCAACCAGGUUUUUGAGUGUGAUAUGGCAUUAUGCACCGUGCCUCUUGGGGUUUUAAAGAGUGGCUCCAUCAAAUUUGUCCCAGAGUUGCCUCAGAGAAAGCUUGAUGGGAUAAAGAGAUUAGGAUUUGGAUUGCUGAACAAGGUUGCAAUGCUUUUUCCUCAUGUAUUUUGGGGGACAGAUCUUGAUACUUUUGGGCACCUUUCUGAUGAUCCCAGUCGCCGGGGGGAGUUCUUUCUGUUUUACAGCUAUGCAACAGUUGCUGGUGGUCCUCUCUUGAUCGCUUUAGUGGCAGGGGAAGCUGCACAUAAUUUUGAAAGCAUGCCUCCUACUGAUGCAGUAACGAGAGUUCUUCAAAUUCUCAAGGGUAUAUAUGAACCGCAAGGUAUAAAUGUUCCAGAACCUAUCCAGACAGUAUGUACGAGAUGGGGAAGUGAUCCUUUUAGCCUGGGCUCUUAUUCUAAUGUCGCAGUUGGGGCGUCGGGUGAUGACUAUGAUAUCUUAGCAGAAAGUGUGGGUGAUGGUAGAUUAUUCUUUGCUGGGGAGGCCACAACCAGGCGAUACCCUGCAACUAUGCAUGGGGCUUUUCUUAGCGGGCUUAGAGAAGCAGCAAAUAUGGCGCGCUAUGCUAAUGCUCGAUCACUGCGGAUUAAAGGUGAUAGGAGUCUAUCAAAGAACGCCCAUUCUUGUGCCUCUCUUCUUGCGGAUCUAUUUAGGGAGCCAGAUCUUGAAUUUGGGAGUUUCUCUGUUAUUUUUGGUCGGAAGAAUGCUGAUCCAAAGUCAACAGCAGUUUUAAGAGUGACAUUUAAUGAACCACGAAAGAAGAGUCAGGAAGGUUCCACACCUGAUAAGCAGCAUUCAAAUAAGUUACUUUUUCAACAGCUUCAGUCACAUUUUAAUCAACAACAACAACUGCAUGUUUACACUUUGUUAUCAAGGCAACAGGCACUUGAGUUGAGAGAAGUUAGAGGGGGUGAUGAGAUGAGGUUAAAUUACCUCUGUGAAAAACUGGGAGUGAAAUUGGUGGGAAGAAAAGGUUUGGGGUCCACUGCUGAUUCUGUUAUUGCCUCCAUAAGAGCUCAGAGGGGUAAUCGGAAGCCUACUUCGACUUCAUUGGCUCUAAAAACAGGUACAUCAAAGUUGAAAGCUGGCACUUUAAAACGGAAGUUAGUGAGAAGGGCAAAAAUAGUGCGGAGUGGCAAUGGGAUGGCACCUUCUUCUGGUUCAAACUUGGUAAAUGACAAAGUAUCGGAGGAAAUUAGGGCUACACAUCAAGCAUCUUUUGAUACACAUGUGUCAGGCCAAAAUCAGGGUAACAUGUAGAGCAGUGAACAUAAUGCCACAUCUUGUUAAGAGAUGGGGUUGUAGAGUUUUAUGGAAAGUGAAGGGACAUAUGUGUGAAUAUUUUUCUUUUUAGCAUAUAAGGGGAAUAAAAGAAAAAGAGGAAUGGAGAAAUCAGUUUAAAAAUGUUUCAGUUAAGCUGCAUUCUCUCUCUAAUCAUGUUCACUAUGGACAAUAUCAGAAUAUCCUAUUGGGUGAAGACUUUCUUUAUAAUGGUUUGUGUGGUAACUGGUAAUGUUAUUUGGAUUGGUCAGCUGGAGUACAUGCCAACUCCAACGACGGUAUUCAAUCGACGUCCAUUGUGCCUGUGAAUAUCUGAGGCCACAGGUGAAUCUCCGGAAAAUUUCUCCAGUAAAAACAUUCUUGCAAUGACACUUACUGACAAGCUUAUUGUGCAUUGAAGGAUAGGUCCUGCUAAAUUUUGGGAUCCUAAUACAAGUGUCGAUUGAUGCUCUAGUGAUAAAAUAUUGGAUUUGGAAGAGGGUAUUCAUUUUUAGGAUCUCGGAUUGGUCGGUGAUUUAUAACUACUGGGACACCUUCAGUAGAUGUAAGUUAUACAACUGUACAGAUAAUUUUGUAACUAACUAUAAAGCAAAAAUAUGUUUUAGACUAGCUCUACGGGCACUUAAAAUAUUUAUUAGAAUAGUUGUACCGGUAGUUUUAUGAAGGAAGACUAGUACAAUGAUGUUGUUAACUACCACCAUUAAUUGAGCUAUGCAAACAAACUUAUAAAGGAAUAGGUCUAUUAUUUCGAAUGUAUGGAGUUUUUUUAUUAUUAUUAUUUUUGAAUAAAAUGUAUAAUUCCAGUGGAUGUUUCCUUCAUUGGAGUUUUUCACUUUUCA